CUUCACCUCUUUCUUCCUUCGCUUCUUUUUUCCUUCUUCUCAAACACUAAAAACUUUUUUAUUUCUGCUAACCCCCCUCUCAUUUCUUUUCUAUACCAUGGAACAUAACCAGACGUUCGCCGGCUGGACCUCUUUCGAAAUUGGCCAUCUCACGCCGCAGUAUGACCACAAUUUUGUGCUUUACACGAAUCCAAACGAGCAUGCCAGCGGCAUCAACUGCAAAAUCCGCGUCUUUGACCUUGUCCAGUCCGAUAUUCGCAAUUUUCUUUCUCAAGGAGGUAUGUGCCGAGUGAUUGUGCGUGGCUCUAUGCGUGCGGCACCUAUAGCAGAACAAGGUUGGAUCCCGACGACCACACGUUACCUCCAAGUGACGUGGAUCAUGCAGGAUCAAGGCCCCGAAUAUCUUGGUGAAGGAAUCCGCGAAACUGCUGCGGCAGCGCAGCAGCAGCAACAUGCGGCGAGCAACAAAUUUGUCAAAGGAGGAAAGAGAGGAUCCACAGAAGACGGAGUAAUCGACCUGGAAGCUGAAGACGACGAAGACGAUGAAGAAGCGGAUGACGAGGAUGAAGAAGAUUCCUCUUUGAUUGAAGAGGAAUUGGGCACGGAGUCGGAUGACCUGGACUAUGGUUCUGAACAGGCCAAAGCAGACGAAGCGGAUACCGAAGAAGAUUUUGAAUCCAUGGAAGAGGAUGAACCCAUUUCAGGAGAAGACCUUGAAGCGCUCCGAAAAGCAGCCAGGGAUCCACUGGAACAUGUCAUGAACAACAUAAAGAAGAACACUAGCGACACUUCAUCGUCAUCGUCGUUGAAACGGGGAGCUCAAGAAUCUUUCGAGAAUGGGAACAAUAAGAAGCGAAGAAGUUCACCAUCAACUCCCGGAUCUAUCCCUACUCCUCCUACAACUCAAUUACAAUAACCUUCUCGUGCCAACGCUGCUAUCAUCAGCUACUACUAGCUAGUCAGCGAUUCAGCAGUAGCAAUUAGCAGACUGUACCUUUAACCUUUUUUGAUCGCUUCCCGCCAAAAAAUAAAAAUUGCCAUCGGAUUUUUGUUGUUUAUGGCAAAGUUUGCUUUUUUACACAAUGGUCCAAGUCCGCUUCCUGGGUCGUGUGAUGGGUGCAUCUAGCUCAAAUAUGGACCCACCUCCGAAGAAGCCCAUUAUAACGUGGGUAGUACAUACGAUGUUGACAACUUGUCAAUAAGCAAAAGAGAAGGACAGAGAUCGUCAAAAU